AUGAUAAAGAAGUCUAAACAGAGCUUGAAAGCCAAACGCGAACGCCGAUCGAGCAUUGAGAUUGAGAGUGACAGCACCAUUACGACAGAAGACUAUGCGGGGGCUUUUGCUGACUUUGGCGACUCCGUUAGUAUGGGCGACAGCGUCUUUCAAGGGGAUGACGAAGAGAGCAUGGCACUCAUUUCUGCUGCCUCCUCCGACGACUUCGACCUCGACCGCAUCAAACCUCUCCUCAAGUCAGCCACUACCGACGAUGAUGAUGCCCUCAACUGGAAAGAAGUCUACAAGGCGGUGACCGGCUACGCUGUUCUUCAGCAAGAACCGGAGGACUUCUUAUCGGCGGCAAUACUUUGUCGUGAAAGUCGACAUCGCAGAGCUUUCAAGACGCGAUGCACAUUGUCCAGCUGGCCGGGCUCCCUAGACCAAUGCCGCCGCUCCAAUCCCGCCGGAUCCAAGCACAACAAGGCGGGCAGGGGAGUCACGCGGCUCCUCAACCUCCCGAGCAUGAGCAUGUCGACACCGGUGAAGUGCUACUCGUCCGGAGGCAGUCUGGAGAGGCAAGAGGUCUACGAGCGGAUCAAGCAGCUCUUAUCUGGUUUUGACAAGGUCAACGACCUAGCCAACGAGGCUGACCGCAAAAAUGAUGCUGCACCUUUGUUGAAUCUGACCCGCAGCCUGCUUAUUUCCCCUUGA